AUGGUGUACGCUAUUAUUAUAAAAAAUGGCGAGUCAAAGAAGAAAGUUAGUAAAAGCAAACAACCCAUUUUGCGAGAAAAAAAAAAAAUCGAAAAAAAGAAAAGUACCAGUCUAUGCAAAAAAGGGGCCGCGAACUCCAGUUACUGUUACAAGAACAAUCAGUAUUCUAUAUUAAACUAUUUUGACGUAAAAAAAAAAGAAAAAAAAAAAGACGAACCGGAUAAAGAAGAAAGUACACCCAAUAAAGAUGUAGACACGUAUAUAGACAAUUUUUAUAGCAUCGAAGAAUGCAAAAACUACUCGAAACAGAACGGACACAUUUUGACGUACAUAAAAUGGAUAUGUGAACAGAAAAAAAACGAAAAAGGAAAUAUAAAGGAGCACAUUUUAAAAUUACUAAUAUUGCUAAAAAAGGAAGAUAUCUAUUUGAAAAGGUACUUCCGGAAGGUGUACAAUUUUGAACAAAAAAGGAAACAAAAAGGAGAUACAAGCAGAAAAACCCAUUGUGAAGAAAAAAUUUACGUUAAUAAUAUUUACAAUAGGAACCUUAAAAGGACCAAAUUUUAUUCCAGCAUAGUGAAUGGUGCUUUAUAUGAAUACAAGCUGACCUACUGCAAGGAAAACAGCUUAAUGACAUUUCACCAUUACGAUGGGAUUAGGGAAUCAUUUAAGGUUUCCAGCGGUACCUUUUUUUACCUCAUAUCAGAUGACAAGAGUGUGUUUCGGCCUAGUGCCCUUAACAAUAAGGGGUCAGAUGAGCAGGACAACCUACUUCCCCAGAAGAACAACUACGUCUACACGUUUGAGCAAAACUGCGAAAAUAAGAUAAGCGUCCAAAUAAUAGACGUUUUAAGCAAAACAAGGAAGAUAGAAUUCUCCCUCGGGUAUACCGCCCUCCGAGUAUUUUACUACAAUGACCAUUUGUUUUUUGUAAAUUUGUUAAACUGUAGCAACGGACGGAAGUACUUCACGUACUCCAUCUACAAGAACAACGUGAAGGAAAAAAUUCGAGUGCUAUACUUGUCCGCGGUUCACCCGUUCUACUCCAACACAGUCGUAGGCGAGAAUGACUAUCUCUUUUUCCGCAAGUGCAAAUAUUUUUACCCUGAGGAGAGGGUCUUUAUGUGGACUGACCCAUUGUGGCAGGGUUCGUCGCGCGCGUCCACGGUAGUAUUCCCAUCCGAUUCCUCCACUUCUUCCACUCCAUCCACUUCUGCCACUUCAUCCGAUGGCUGCUCCUCGGUUCGAGAACAGCCCAGCGAAACGCGGCUGAACCAAAUCCCUAACAUAAACAUCAUACACAUCAACUCCAACGUGAACAUCUGCAUCGCGUUCGAAGAGAACACGGAGACGUACUUCUUCUUUUACAUACUCUACACUGUGGUAAAGUACAACAAAAAAUAUCUGAAGGAUUAUUUGAAAGGGGAGAAAAUGGACAAGUUUCUGCCUUUCCAGCACUUCCUUAGCAUCGAAAAAAAGCAGUUCUACUACAAAAAACAAACAUUCAGAAACAUCAAUUUUAACACAGAAGCUUACAAACCACAACUUGUGAUCACCACCGGAGGAAAUAAAAGCAUCCAAAGUAGAAUUAAAUUGUGUGUCUAUGAUAAUGCCAACAAUUUGCUAUUUCUUAUCCCAAUAUAUCACAAAUAUGUGAAGGAUAAGAUUAAGGUUGUCCCGAAUGUUUUAAAUUUCACCACGGUUAACAUGACAAGGGAGUUUUCCACCCUUAAGUAUUACCCCUACAACAUGUGUGCCUUCCUCAACAACCAAAUGAACAUCACCCAUUUGGAGUGCACCCCCAGGGAACGAAAUUACGAGAACACGAUUGUUAACAUUUCUACUGGAGAAAACAGGAUCCACUAUUUUAAAAAGCUGCUAAAGCAAAAGAGGGACAUACUAAAGUGUAGAGAUGGCGUGAUAGAGAAAAAGGAUCCAAAAAGGAACACACAGUUAAAUGGACUCAUCCUAGAUGUUAACAAAGUGAACCACUUCAUUAUCAUCCUGAACAAAGACGGAAUGCUCUACCUACUCUCCGACGAUGUCUACCUCUCCAGCAUAUACCUGUACAACAGCACAGCGCAGGUAUAUAACUUACACAACUCAGAUCUCUGUCAUGUCAGUGUUGACACGGUCGACUAUGACAACAACAAGAAAAAGCUCCGCUUGAAAUCCUACAGAGUCCACAUCGACAUACUUCCGAAUAACCCCACCCUCCGAUUUGUCCUGUCCUUUUUCUACAACUAUAUAUGCAAAAAGAUUGCAACUCAGUUUUUUACCCUCUGCGUUUAUGAGUGCAGGAGGGGGCAGCAGAACAAGGGCAUUUUUCACUUUCUCAACAUUGAUAUAUACUUUUUGGGUUACCACGACUUGGGGUGCUCUCACCGGGGGGGGCCUUCCCCAAGCAGCGUCAAGGCAGAACAGGAAAACGAGAAAAGCGCAAACGGGUUAAGCGAUCACGGGUUGAGCGAACACGGGCGAAGUGUAAACGUGUGCAGUGCCCAUUUUCGGAGCGGACAUACCCAGACACAGAAAUGCCCCCCACACCCCAAUCAACAGAUUGGCGCCUCCCUAAUUGCGAAGAACACCUGGGUAAGGAACCAAACAGAGAAGUACGAAAUGUUCAACAGAAACUUCUUCCAAGUGGAGAAUCUGCCCCACAUAGAGUUCAGCCGAUUUGUGUACCUCUUCAUGCUUAUCUGCGUAGAUGACUUAAAAAUGUACAGAAGAAUGGAAAAAUAUUUGUACUUUAAAAAAGGGAAGAACCUCAUACACACAGAGUACAUCGAAUCGAAAUUUAACUGCUUCAGGUUUGGACAAGCGGAGGAAAGUUCAAACAGUGAAGAGGACCAUGGAUCUUCUUCUCAUGGAUCUUCUAAUCCCUGUGACAGUGACGGUAAUGUGGAGAAGAUCACACAUGUAAGGUUCCUCCCGCGUGGUGACAAAAUGGAUAAAGACGUGGAGCACCUCCCCCCUAACAGCGCCUCCAACAGUUACUACACCGUGAUUAACAAUUUUAUUAUCUACCUACACGACAAGUACAAGCAUAUUUACCGCAACAAGUAUCUAUUAUUAGCCUAUCUACACUCCUAUUGUGACGAAAUCAGCAUGAGCGAGUUGGUGGAACAAGAAAUCAAAGACGAUAUCGUAUUUUUAAUUCUUGUCCUGUCAUACACGCUGAAACUGUACAAUUUUAUGUUUCACUACUUCAACAAGGUCAAUUCAUGGAGGAAAAGAGCUUUUCUCCCCUUUUAUCAGCAUGUAUGUAGAAGAUACUACAAGGAAGAAUUGCUAAAACGGUGCACAUAUGAUGUAACACAUCAGGGGUUCCCCCUAUCCCUGGGCAAAAGCGAUAGAUCUUCUCUCAAAAUGGAGAAAAGGGGGGACUCCAUUUGUGGAAAGACACACCGAAUCCAUUCCCCCUUUAGUAAAAACAGAGUGAUAAAGUUACGACAAAGCGACCAAUUUGAAAAGUACACAUUUUUAAACAACUAUUUAAAGGGAAAAUUCACCAGACUGAGUAGGAUACCAAAUACAUUGGAACUCCUCAGCCAAAUUUCCAAUUGCUGCCAUGCGGAGGAGGGGCAUAGCCACUUGAACCAUUUUUUGAAUGCUACCUUUUUUCUUCAACAUAAUGAGAGCCACACAAAGAAGCUGAAGCUCAAAUAUGAAUAUUACUUGAGGGAGGUGGAGCAACUUUUCAGUAUAAUCAUGCGGAAGGAAGACAGGAGAAGGAGAAGAAGAAGGAGGAAAAGAAAGAAGAAGAAUAUUAAGGAAAGGAAGUAUAGUCAAAGUAGAAUGACCUGUAUAGCCACGAGCGAGAGUCACGUAACAGACUGCUAUGCGAACUUCCAGUCCUUCAAAUCGUUCAUCCUUCUUGACAAUAAAAUAAAAUUCCUGUACUACUUCUCCCCCCUGUAUUUUCCGCUAAAGAAUUUGCUAAUUGCCUCCCAUUUGAGUCUACUCUAUGGACAAAAUUUGAAAAGAAAAAUAAUCAAGGAUAACUUUCUCAGGAAUGUUGUUAAAAACGAGUUGGACGUCAUUUAUGUGCCCUCCUUCCCCCUAAAAAAUUUUAUGGAAAGCGCAGUUGAGAAGGGGUCUCAAGGACGAAGAAACAGCUGUGUAAAUAAUUCUCCCCUUGGUGAAGUCACGAAAGGGGACGCUACAUACGGAAGGCAGUCCACACACAGGACGCAAGCUAAUCGUCGUAAAAGAAGAGUCAUUCCAUCUAAAGAGGGCAAAAACAUACCUCAUAAUGGAAAUUCCUUUGAGAGAUCUCACAACAGUAGUGGCAUGUCCAGCUGUUCGUUCUCACAACACGCGAAGGAGAAGCAGCAAAGCAGUGACCACCUCUACUUUUACCAAAAGAAAAUUCAGUUCCACACGUCCAACAUAAAACACUUCGAUUCAUUAAACAUAGACGACAUGAAUCUUGUUAACAUACUACUCAAGUGUGUCUUUUACGAAAAUUUAUAUUCCCUGAACAGGUACUCCUAUUUGUUGUAUAUCCACCUGCACAGUUCCAACAGUGCUAACCAUCUAUUUCGCAGUGGUUUGGGGGGAAGACAUGGCCUCAGAGAUGCGCUAAGGUGGGAGAGACACAAGGAAAGAGACGAAAGGGAGGAAUCACAGAAAUGCUCGAAGAGUGCACUCCUUCUACGUAAAGAUCGCCUUCCCAUUGAAAUGAUAAAACUCUUCGACUGCUACGAGACGUUCAAAUUUAAGAAUGCCAAUUUCUACAUCAGCAUAAACAGGGAGGACCUCUACUUCAACAAAUGCUUCGACUCCACAAAUACAAGAGUGAAGAAAAAUUUUUAUCAAGUUUUAGACAUUUUGAAUAGGAGUUUCCAAAGCGCUGUUCUUAUCGAUGGUCCUUUACAUAACUAUGGCAAGCACGCAUGCGGUAAGGAGAAACACGACUCGCGCAGUGAGGAAAAACGGAAGAGGGCACAGAGAGAGGACCAAGCGAACAACAGCUACGAUAAAAGGAACCUAAUUGUCCAGAAGAGCUACCUAAGCGAGUACAAAAUAUUGAAAGACUGCUGCUUUUUCUUCGAUACAUUUAAAAUGGAUCGAAAUAUCUCUUCGUGUUAUUUUCCACACAACAAAGAUCCCGUGCUCGUGUACCUGAAUAAUUUCCACAACUAUUACUUCUCCAAAUAUUACAAGAAACGAAAGAUACAGCUGUUGAAAGAUAAGGAGGACGACGUCGAAGAGGAAGAACCGGAGGAAGGACGUGCACAAAAUAGGGAUCUAAUCGAUUUGAUAGACCUGGAAAACUCCUCAGACAGUUUAGAAAGCGCAUAUAUUCACAAACACAAGUACAACAGGAAGAAUGUAAAUCAACAGUUAAAAAAAAUCAUCAAACUGGUCAAUUUAGACAAAUUAGAAGAGAAGAAAAUACUUAUCGACACCAAAAUUAACGGAAAUAUUGACAAGGUUUUAGAUUUAAUGCACCUUUAUUAUACCCUAGAAAAAUUUUACAAAAUGAAAUAUAUCUGCAUGUUUAAUAUUAGCGAAAUUAACUUCUUCGACAUUAUCAACUCGAUUCAUUACAAGCCGGACAUCAAUUUUAACAUAAAGGAUCCCGUGGAUGGCUCCAAUCGGCGCCCCAGCGCCACCUUUUACAACUAUGCCAAUUCGUUCAAUGAAAAUGGAUUUCCUGUGAAUGGUGAGCCGAGCAACGGGGAAAAUCGCGGAGAUGUGAAUCUGACCAAUCAAGCGACCGGGAUGAAUGGGAACAACGGGGUUAGUGGACCCCACCCCGUUGCUAUCCACAGCGCCUCUAACCCUGUCGCUGAGUCCCCAAGGAACAACGCCCUCGGAAGGGGCCACCCAAAUGGAGCGCCCAACGCCAGCAUUCCCCGCAGGAACAGUAACGUCCUAAUCAGAGACAACUCCGAAAAUGACAUUCAAAAUGUCCACAUGCGCAACGCUGCUUCGUAUCACUACACACGAUUUAAUAACAACCAGAACAACAUGAACAGAAACAUUGGGAGCAACAUGCGGUUUAAUACUGACACCUUCAACGAACCAUCCGAGGUCACAAUGCUGAACAGAAGAAUACGGGAAUUUAAUAGCUACUGGCACAUGCGCACUAAUGAAUUAAGGACAAAUCAUAAUUUAAAUUACCGAAGCUUGCUUAACACUUCGAGGAGCAUGCACCGUGAAGGCAGUAACUCGGGGAACCGCUUCAGUUACAAUCAAAAUAGGACUCCGGAAAGGAACACAGGGAAUGUGAUUUCUAGAAAUUAUGAGAACCGCUUAAAUGUGCUACCUCUAAACAGUAGAGUUGGUAACUACAGGGAUGUGGGUAGAGCCAACUCGUACAAUGUAAGUCGGAAUGUGCCGACCAGCAUGGAGGAGAGCCCUCCCAUCAGUAACUUCGAGAACAGCCCCGUGCAUAGCCAGGGAAUGAAUGGCAACCCGGGGAGCAACCAGGGGAGUAACCAGAACGAGGGCGGCGGCCACGUGGGCCACAGCAAUCACAGCGGCAACAAUGACGAUUACGGCGGCCACAACGGUCAAAAUGACAGCUCCGUGCACCUUGCGAGGGAACGUUCCUUUUUUCCCUUCAGCGCCGCGCACAGCAACAACGCGAACCAUAGAGAUAAGCUGCACAAUUUGAAAUACUCUUUGAAAAAAAAAAAAAAAAAACACAUCAACAGAAUCAAACUAAACGUGAAUAGCCUGUUGAAUUCUCUGAACGUCCACAUGAAGACAGACAAAAUCGAGAAAAUCUUCAUCCUAAAUAAAAAGCUUAAAGAGUUACAGGCUUGCAAAAAUGUCUUACGCAAUUUUAACACCGUGCCUAUGAGGGAGCUAGCCAAUAAAAUAGGAGUUCCAGCAUCUACACACACGGGAGACUUCUUCGAUAACUUCCAAUUUAACAAUAGCACGUCGCAAAAUGUGCUGACACAUAGAGAGUCGCUCAGAAACAACGAAAUGGAUAAUAACCAGGCUGGUGUUCCAAAUGAAGUACAAGAUUCGACUAGCUCCUCCUCAUACCAGGAAAGUGAUUACAAUAGCGACUUUAAUAAAACUUGGGAAGUACCCGAAUGUGUGAAUUCACCGAAAACUGUCAUCUAUGUGGCAGGUGACGGAGACAAUGGGCGCCCGAAUGAGGAUCACCAACACGGUGGUGGAAGCGAUGCUCCAGGAGACGAUCCAGUUAGGCGAGCCAAGACGAACUCGAACAAGCUUUACACUGCCAGUUACAACCUCAAUGGGAAUGACUCCUCUAAUGACGAGUUUUAUUCGAGUAAUUUUUUAUACACGCCCAACAAACCUGCUAACGAGACGAUGGGCCAGGAGAAAAUGAACGACAUUUCUUUCGAUAACAUAAAUCGCAGAUACAGUUGCAACAGGUCCAUUAACGACACGGAGCCGAGGAGAGACAGCCAAAUAUCGUUUCUGUACUACGACAGAAGAAACAGCUUCAUGUUGAAUAGCCUGCCUAGGAGGGAAAGCAGUGCCUCGCUGCCGGUGCUCAACAGGGUCGACUCGAAUUUAAAUGGGGAAGCUGGCAGGCACAGCAGCGGUGGGGGAAUAGACCGAGGUAACUAUGGCGGUGGAGAUGACCGCCGAGUCGAGGAAGAGGCUCGGAGCCGGCCGUCCAUCAACUCCAGCAGGAGCGUACGAAACAGUGCAAUGUCCAGUGUAAUUCAGAGAGGAAGAAACCACCACGCGGACGACGCCAUGUCCAGCUACAACAACACACCAAUGGAGGAAUACACCAACCUGUACGAUGCAAACGAUUUUAAAAAUAUAAAAAAAUUAAAUAAAAAAAUUGAUUACUAUGAUUUCACAUUUGACAAGGCCAAGUGCAUUAAAUACAAUAAUUUCGUGAAUGGCAAAAUGAGAAACGCGUUCAAGUUGCAAUGUUCUCUAUGCCAAACGAUUUUGUACAAAAAAUAUGACGACAUGCAGAAGAAGAAAAACACCAUCCUGGUAAACAUUAUAAACCAUGAGAAUUAUUUGUUUAAAUUUUUGAAUAAGAAUUAUAAAUAUUGUGGGAUGUACUUUCUUGCGGGAUUAAUAUACGGGUUAGGAUUAUUACAAUUUUUUAAGAGUUUAAAAAUUUCUCUAUUUUUACAGUACAUUUUGAAGUACAAAAAUAGGUGCCUCUACAUUUGUUCCAUUUUGGGCAUAUCUCUGUCGCUGAUAUCUUCGAAGAAUCGCGAGUUGACGUCCAUAUGUAUUAGUACUCUGUUCAAGGAAUUAUAUGACGGCAAAAGGAAACUGAACUUGGACAGUUUACUUUUUCAAUGUUUUAACGAACAUGGGGACAGGGACGACAACUACAAAUUUGUUUUUUAUAAAAAAAAAAAAAUUAACAAGACAGACAAGGUGGGUACAAAAAUUGAGCACCUGAAAAAAGAGGGAUGUGUGAAAAGGACAACAGAGUCUAGACACGCGUGCGCAGGGGACGACUCACACUAUUUUAAUCUUCUCUAUGCACAUGACAACGAAUUAUCCGAUGAAGACACUUCAACCGUUCCGAUGACCAGUGACGAUGCGUCGUCCCUUUCGUGCAAUACCCUUGAUAGAAAUAUAGGCAGUGGGAUAGGGAACCCCCUGGGUGGAUCCACCAGCUAUCAGCAUCACCGCGAGGAGAACGCGGAGGAGGGCAUUUACAACGUCACAGGAGGAAGCACCGAUGUGAAUUACUACCCUAAUGGGGAUUCCAAUGCAGACCCGGGGAUGCUAAUUCGGGCGGACACUCCGCAGAACGGGGACGCGGGGGUUAAGGAUGACGAUCACGAGGGGAAUGCAAAAGAGGACUAUGAUUGGGGUGGCAAGGAGGAUUACGAUGCGGAUCCAAAACAGGACUACUCCGAUAAGCCAUACAAACUGAACCACGACGAGGCGUAUCCCCUGCAUUACGACCUUACGGGUGGACAGUUCGAGAGAAUGGAACACCUCAAUGAGGGAGUUGACCCCGCGGAGGAGGGUACACCGCAUUACACGUAUGGCCUGGGGAAAGGUGCCGACAUGGAUCCAUUCAGUGAUAAGUUCAUCGAGGAGUGGGAGGAACGAAAUGAAUAUAUGCGCCAGUACAUACGUGACCGAGCCGGUAAAGAGGACGACAUAGAGGAGGAGCAGGAGGAUCCAAACGAUGACGAGGAACUAAGCAUACAAGACGGCAUACGAGGCUGCAUAAGGGACGACAAAAAUGACGGUCCAGAUAAUUGCAGUUUUGGGGAUCUUCUCGAUGGUGACCCGGAAAACCGAUCAGAUAACAUAGACGAAGUGUACUCCCUUAUGAACUCCCCCAUGUGCAAUUCCAUUUUCUCCGAAAAUUCUCAAGAGAAAAAGAAAACCAAAAUGGAAGACCACAAAUGGCAGAGAAUGAAAAGAAGAAGUAGAAAGAAAAAAAAAUCUUUAGACAACCUAGUCCUCAGUACGAACUUCCUUUGUCUAGGGUACCUUCACAUGAAUAGCAACAACAAAUGUUUGACAAGAUACAUUUUUAAGCUAUUACAGAAGAGCAAUCUGAGCAAGUUAAAUUUAUUGUGCAUUUUCUGGUCCAUAGGAAGUAUCAAUUUUAAAAAAGGGAGCCUUUUCCAAACCAUAAUCAUUUCUUUAAUAUAUUUUAUAAACGCAAAUGUACCGUAUAAAAUGCACAAAAAUGAUUUCAUAAAAACAUUUUCCAUGAAAAGUUUACAUGCAGAUGAUAUGUCCUACGACAUAAUGCACAUUAUCAUCUCAUCCGCCCUAGCAGCUUCAUUAUCCUUUUUCAAAAGCAACAAUAUUCACGCCUUUAAUAUGAUUUUUAUGCCCUCCAUAAUGGACCACAUAUACUAUUUUAAUCAGUACGAAAUUAUGGUAAAAUCUUUUGCGCGGAAUAUGAUCAUCUUCGACUUUGUGGAUUUAUCUCAUGAAUACAUCCUGUCCAACCUUCCUCCUUUCUUGAGGAUUCUUCCUAACGAUUGGAGUAGAAAGAGGAAGUAUAGGCUACCCUAUAUGUACUUGAUUAACAAAAAUGGAAGAUUCAAGGAUAAAGAAUUGGAGAGAAAAUUCAUCGUCCUAAAUGGGCACCUAAAUUUUGGCCACGAUUUUGUGCGUAACGAGAUGAACAGGAUGUACGAGGGUGGUCGCUAUUUUCGUCUAACCAAGAAGAGCUUUGUACAUUGCUACAUGGAUAAGCUAUCCCCGGGGGGCGCUCCCCUGAGGUAUUAUUUCCACGGCGGGGGUAGCGGAGAUAGCGGCGUAGACGAAGGAACCGACGCCAGAAGCAAUGACCGCGCCGACCGCCCAAGUGCAUAUAGCACAGAUACAAGUAGCGACCAACAUAUCGACGUAGAGAAGCGCAAUCACGAACACAAUUUGCUAAAAGAUUACACCUUCGUAUACAACUGCGAAAUGCUCAGGUACUACAUCAUCAUGGGGGUGCUACAAGUCCUGAGCUUAAAAUACCUUUCGACGCACCACGAGCAUUUCAAGAAAAUAUGCUUCGAAUAUAUCUCCUACUUUGAAAAUAUUAAUAAAGGAAUUUAUGCCAAAAAGAAGUUGGAGAAACUGUACAAAAAGGUAAACUAUUUGGUCCAAAAGAUUAAGGAUAAGAUUACGAGGGAGAAUCUUGUGCAGGAUCUCCUUCCAGGUGUACAACAAGUUGUGCGCGAGACGAGCGGGAACAAGUCUCAGGGAAGUGUUCCCACAGCUGGGAUGAUACCUCAGAUGGCAGGGGGAAGUUUAAGCGACAGAGAAACCGCAGUUAGGGUUAGCGACUCGAUAAAUGGGCAGCUAUCUAGCGAUGGUGGCGAAGAUGAUGAUGAUCACGAUGGUCAUCACGGUGGUCAUCACGAUGAGGAUGGCCCCUAUACGGACCCUCGCCAUAGCUGCGGAGAAGACCAGCGGGCAGACCUGAACGACCAAAUCAACAACCGUCUGCAUGACCUCAUUGCGGAUCUGGAGUAUGACAAGUGCUCCAGCGAUUCUGAGGACGCAAAAACGAAGAUCAGUUCAUCGCAACCCCCAAAAAGGAACGAAACGGAUGGAGGAAGGCAGAAAGAAGUGAAGAAAAGACAAAGCGCAGACUCGCUUAACAUCAUGGGGGCCACGUCCAUCAGCAAAAAAAACUCAGUGUACUCUCAAAUAUACAAAUUAAUUUUAAAGUAUGUUAAAAAGAUAAAGAAAAUUAAAAAGUACCUAAACAAUUGGUACUCUCCUGUGGAGGACGAAAAUUACAUAACCAGUCGAUUGUUAGGACAGAAGUAUCAAAAUGAGGAGAACCAUUUGUACAAAAUAAAGGAGGAAGAUGUGAACGAUAUAGUGAAUUUGAUUUAUCAGUGCCUUUCCCUGGUGUUUGUCGGAAGUUGCGACAAAACAUUGAAUAAGAAAAUAAAAAACAAAAUAAACAACCUGGUGAACAUCAGAGAUAAGAACACGAAUAAUUUGUACUACUACUACUUAGGGUAUAUAAAUCUAGGGUGUGGAAAAUAUGUGUUAAAAAGGCACACAGAUCUUUCCACCUGUACACUAACCUUAAUUUUGUUUAGCUUCUUUCACAUCUAUGAUUUGUCCUCCCAUUUUAUUAUUCAUCUGAUUGAAUUUAUGUACGUUCUCCUAAUUGACAAACGCUUUUUAAAAAUUUACGAUGUGACAUCAAACCAAUUUGUUAGCCUCCCCAUCCAGUUAAUUUACACGGAGAAGGUGAGCACCUACCAUUUGAAGACAAAUCGGGACAGUCACAAACAGGUGAGCAAUAAAAUCCAAAGAAACGUCCUUAACAGAAACUUCCAUUUGCACAAAACGAAUUACACAAGUCUUAACAGAAAGGUGAUCCUCUCACCCAGUGCUAUCCCACAUUUGGACAUCGUAAACAUUUCCAUAGUGAAUAAUGAAUACUACCACUUGAGCUUUUCCUGCUUCGAUGCGAAGAGGACGAAAAGAUGCUUCUCGCCAGGCACCGUCGGGAGGGACCCCCAAACAGAUGCACAAAUAUGCCAAGUGAAGAGUCGAACGUGCAUUACACCUGGACACUCCUGCGACAAGAACAAUAUUGUGAGAAAAAUAAUCAAGCGGGGAAUCCUCUUCGUUAAGAGGCGAGAAUAUAACAGCGUGUCGCUCGACUAUAAGCACUUGUUCGUGGCGGAAACACUUCGCGGCCUUUGUGAUGGAGGAGAAAAAAUGGGUAUGAAGGUCGUCCCCCCUGAGAAGUUCACCAGGAAUAAUAGCGACACAUGUAGAGGCAGUUCCCAUAGGGACACCACAAUCCUUCGUGGAAGCAAGCAGCCAAAUGGAAAACAUAUCUGUAGUAGUGCGCUCGGGUUGGAGGACCUUCACCCUAUGAGCAAAGAGAACACCCUCGUGAUGAACCAAAAAGGAUCCCUCCUGGAGACGAGUGAAAAGAAGAACAUUAUUAGAAACACCCUGAUGAGGCAUAAAGACAGCCAAAGCAGCAUAGCAAAAUUUUUACUGGAAGUGCUAAAGUACUAUGACAAGAUCCCGUUGGUAUUUUCAGACGACGCAAUGUUGCUAUUUCAGACUAAGGGAAAUUACACACAUAAAAAUAUCAGCGAGCUACUAAUGCUAAAGUAUUACUUGAAAUUCGACGGAGACAAAUCCUCCUGGGAAGAGUACGAGCAGGAUGACCAAUUGGUAGUAGAGGGAAAAUUUGUAAAGCUUUUUGUACUCUUCAAUGAGGAAUUUAGUAGACAAUUUAUCGAAAUUGAAAAGAUUAAUAAACAAAAGGGAAGUAAAAAGGUGCAGUUCCUUCCCCUAAUCUAUGCUGUUAUUGUAAACUACUACGAGAGGAAGUGGUCCGCCCAGUGGGAUAAAAAAAUUUGGUCAAUGCAUUCAGAGGAACGUAAUAAAAUGUUGGACCUCUUUCGUAGCAAUGUGAAUAGCACAGACUUGUCAGGAGACAAUGAAGAGGAUAGUAAAAAUGCCUUAAUCACCACCCCUUCGAUGUCCCCCACUCCCAUCAUCAUAAACAAUAUCUACAACAAGGAGCGCGCACAAAACAACAUAUACACCCUUUACUACAAAAGUAGAGAGAAGAAGGAGAACAUACUGGUCAGCGAUCAGAGUCAAAUAAAUGAGCUGAACCAAUUGCUAGUCGAAUACGCCCUCAAAAAGUUAAACCCCUUUGUGAAAUACCAACUGGUGAAGCAGGUGCAAAACAAUUUUGAUUACUUCCUCUUGGUCCAAAAUUUACACAUCGAUCGAAGCGUCAAUUAUUUAUAUUUCCUGUCAGAUGUGUAUCAUUCCUUUUACCCAUUUUAUCAAUUUUUUUAUAAGUACUGGGAAGACCAUUACUUUGGAACCCUGGCAUCACCAACAAGGGAAGAGAAGAAAUCAAUUUGCGAUUUGGAAUUCUUCGAUUAUGUUGCCAAUCAUGAGAGAGAUACCAAAGUUGUAGUCAUAGGGGGGGCAAUGGGCCAGAAGGGCGAUCUAUCUGCGUAUUCAUUUCCAGAAAAAUCGAGGAGUUCCUACUUUUUGCGCCCCCCCAAAAGGAAUAAAAGGAAGGGGUAUGGUUCGGGGGGAAAGGCCCAAAGGGGAGGCAGUGUUUGCAAAGUAAAGGUUACGUGGAAGGAUGAACUCGAGAAGAGCCUAUCAUGGAAAGAUGAAGCCGGAAAGGGCGUAUCAUGGAAGAACGAAGCGCGGAAGAAUGAGGCUAUAUCCUCGAAUGGAACGUUUGACAAAGUGAAGGAUCUGCUGAGCCUCAAUUUUGACUACCUCAAAAUAAUGCAGGGGAUCUACAAAAGGUCCAGCACAAGAGUGAGCCUGAUGAGUUACCUGCCCUUCUUUGGAACCGACUACCAUUUUGUCUACUUCUUUGAAAAUAAUCUAAAUGUGAUAAAAAGGAUUUUCCAGCAGUAUUACCACAAGGGGUACCCCCACAGAUGCAUCAUUUUUAACAAAACAAAAACUUCCACCAACGAUUCGAGCAACGUAGUAAAUUUACUUACACAAUAUUGUAAUUUCCCCAAUUAUUUCUCCUUUUGGAAUAUCGUUUUAUCUGACAAGGAGGAUAACUUCCUUUUCGUGCCUCAGUGUAGACACCUCUAUGAUCACAAGUAUAAUAGGUACAUUCGCUCCGUUAUUUCAAAAGCGGAACAGGUGUUGACCCACAACAAUAUGUUACAGGGCGAAACGGUGGGGAAGAAGCACAAGCAUACUUAUGCAAAGGUACCAAAUAGAAGGGGCGUUAAGUGCGGCUACUUCAACGCUUCUCGUAGAAAUAUUUUUCCUUCACAUGGUGCAGUCCCCUCCAAUGGUGAAACUCCCCUUCAUCGCAAAAGGAGAUACAUAAAAAUAGCGCUCAAAUGGAUUGACAAACGUAACUUACCAUCAGCUGGAAGAGUCCAUACGAAAGAGAAAUACCACCCCUUUGUGAUCCUCCAGAGAAUAGCACACACGAUUCAGAGGAACGCAACAAAUGAAGUUUGUCCAAUUAAAAGAGCAUUCUUACAAAAUGCCCAUGGAAAAACAUCCCUCAGUGCAUACAACUUUUUCAAACACUGGAUAAGCAGAAGUGAACACUUAUCUAGCAAACUAAUUACGACACAUAAUAUCUCAUUAAAUUCUGCAUGCAUCAAUUCCUUUUUCGCGGAUAUAUUACUUUGUUUUUUUAUUGGGAAUUUAUAA